CUUUAGAAAUGGCUGCCCUUCGAACGGCAUGGAAUCGUUCACUUGAUAAAACAACCAAGUUUGUUUUGUCAGAACUAAAACUAACGAGCGAUUACAUGCACUUACCCUGUGUCGUGUCUUUUUCAACGCUGUCGUGCAAAAAGUCUCAUAAAUUUGGAAAUGGGCAUCCUUUGCUGGCCUCAAAACCUCAUCAUGCCACUGUUAGACAAGCAGAGUUUCACUCCAGUGGAACGUUAAAUAAAGAGGACUAUUACAAAGUGCUUGGGGUCAAUAAAGAUGCUACGGCCAAAGACAUAAAGAAUGCAUAUUAUAAGUUGGCUAAAAAAUACCACCCAGAUGUCAGUAAGAAUGAUCCAGAUGCUUCCAAAAAAUUCCAGGCAGUUUCAGAAGCUUAUGAGGUGCUGAGUGAUGACAACAAGAGGCGUCAGUAUGACACGUUUGGGAUGUCAGGGGCUGGGAUGGGAGGUCAGGGGGCGGGGCCAGGGGCUGGAUAUGGUGGCGGCCCCUUCCAGGGGCAAGGGUUUGAAAAUUUCCGUAGCAACGUAAGUGCAGAAGACCUUUUCCGUCAGAUGUUUGGCAAUGCGGGGUUUGGGGGCUUUCGGCAGGCACAGGCGGAGGACUUUGAGGAUUCAGUGUGGGGCCACAGUCCUGCUUCAGAGGUGUUAAUGAACGUGACGUUCCAAGAGGCGUGUCGCGGUGUCAACAAGGAGAUUGAGUUAAACACCAAGAUGAAGUGUGCAGUGUGUAAGGGAACCAAGGCUGCUCCCGGGUACACCCCAGAGACUUGCCCCCAGUGUCAGGGAACCGGUGUGGAGACUAUGAGUACUGGGAUGUUCAUGAUGAGUUCCACAUGCAGGAUGUGUGGGGGCCAGAAGAAGAUCAUCAAGAAGAGAUGUGAGGCCUGCAGGGGCAAGGGCAAUGUUCUCGGCAGGAAGAAGAUUGUUGUUGCUGUACCUGCAGGUAUAGAGGACGGGCAGACGGUGCGACAGUAUGUGGGAGACCAGGAGCUGUUCAUCACAUUCAGAGUUUCUAAAAGCAACAUAUUCCGGAGAGAGGGUGCAGAUGUGCACAGUGAUGUCACCAUAACAUUGUCCCAGGCCGUUCUGGGGGGCACAAAACGUGUGCCAGGAAUUUACGAAGACAUUCUUGUCCAGAUUCCAGCUGGCUCUCAGUCUCACGACCGCAUGAAGUUCCAGGGCAAGGGUAUCAGCCGGGUGAACAGCUAUGGACAUGGAGACCACUAUAUACACUUCAAGAUCAAAGUGCCGCUACAUCUGUCUGCUGAACAGAAAGCAUUACUAGUUGCAUUUGCAGAGACGGAACGAAAUGUAGAAGGCACAAUAAAUGGCAUGGUGGACACACAGGCUGGUAAGCGUGUGAUUGAUGAUGAAGGUGGUCUGGUGGCCCAGAUACGAGCAGCCCUCUUACCCAACCACCCAGUAGCUGAACCGACAUCGAGCGGGGAUGACCUUCAAACUGAGAUGAAUGAUAACACUGACGCAGUAAUUUCUAAAAAACAAGGCACUCAUCCAAAGGGAAAGGAACAUAAGGCAAAAAUAGACAAUAACUCUGCAAAUGAAAAUUUAAGUGAAAAAGAAAACAAUGCAACCAUUACAAAUUCAACCCCAAAGAAAGGCUCCAAGCAAUGUAAAUCAAAACAUCAAAAAGUUAUUGAGGAAAAAGAUAACAACAUGAAAAAAGUGCGCAAAUUGGCUUGCUGACAAUCAUAAAAUAUAGUAAUAUACCAUAAAUAUUUGUUUUGUGGUUAAAUAACAAUUGUUUUGUGUAUAAGCCAUGGAAGUUUCAAUGUAAAAAUCACAUCUCUGAAUUUACCUUGCACAUCCAUUCAGACUUUAUACAGUUCAUCAGAGAUCAUAGCACUUAAAAGUCAUCUUGCAGAUUUGUAAAUAAAUGCUUUGACCUUAAAAUUGUGCUUGUCGUAGGUUUUUAAUGAUUGUUUACGAUUGAGAAGGUUUUUUGCCAAGCUUAUUCGAUUUGUAUUGGGCCUGUAGAUUGAUGCGAGUCUCUGAGAAAACUAGGCUUAAUGUAUGAGCUGUCUGCACAGGCUAAACUGUGACACAAAUGUUGAUCUAGACCAGAUUUUCAUUCCAAAGAGGUUUCUUUUAACGAAGAUUGUGAGGUGUCACCUUAGAUUAUCCUGUGCAAACUGCAUAUGCUAAUCUGGGACAAUACUCUAUAGGUAUAGGCAUCAAGUCUGUUUUUCCAGAAUGUGACUUUCAUAUUUUCAAUUAUGCUUACAAAUAAUGGAGACCUACAACUGUGUUUUAAAGCCACUUUACCUUUGCUAAAUGUUAAAUAUUCCUAGUUAUGGCAUGUUUGUCUUAUGUUAAGCUCACUAAUGCAUUGAUAUUACAUGUAACAAAAGAUAUCCUGAUCAUUCAAAUUUCUUUGUCAUUGUACAGAAACACUGUUUUAAUAAGCUAGUGUGUCUAAUUCUGUUUUAUUGUGUAUUAUACAACAAAACCAAGAGGACUUAAAAAUGCAAUUUUUUGUAUGAUUUUCAAUGUCUAGGUUCAUUUAGAAAUAAAAACAGCUCAUGUUAACUGAUUUUGGAUAGUGUUCCAUAAGAAAGAUUCUGUCAUUUUGAUAAAUGUCAUAAACUUCUCAGUAUCUAAUACUUAUUUAAUUGAGAAGUUUUUGAAAACCAUUGCUAACAAGCAAUACAAAGAAAGUAUGCUGUCUUCAAUAUUUAGAAGAAAUACAGAUUAUAUCAAAAUACAUACAUAUUAAUCUAUAAUUAAUUUAUGUAUUAAUUAUUACUCAAAUGUUUAUGUAUAUUUGUGAUAUUUGGGUCAGUUAAAUGAUUAUUUUAAAUAGUUGGUAGUCUUGUUAUGUGAUUUUUAUUGGAAGCAUGCAUCUUAGUUUUGCAAUCGUAUGUCAUUAUACUGCGAUAGAAACUAAUAAAACAUUUAAAUCAUCA